CCAAGAUCUGAUUAGUCGACAGCUCUCGAGGUGGUUUCCUUGUUUUGUCACAAAUUAAUUGCCAAUGGGAUUUAAAAGCCGUAUGAUUUUACCUGUGAGUGCGCCACCAUGCACCGACAUUGAGUGACCGGCCCUUGAGGGCGCCCUAUGUUAUUGUUGAUGAUGUACAAAAUGAAUGGUUGAUUUAUACCUCCAUAGUUUCCAGACACAGAUUCUACACUUGUAAUUGUACCGAUGUCUAAGUCUCAACAAGUUUCCAGAGUUCUAUUCAGAGCAUUACAAGGAACCUUAAAACAACCAAAGCAAGUGCUGAUCCGCUACAUUAGUAUGGACACACAAUGGCCGGUACAGGCAAGCAUAAUAAAGAAGUUGACCGACAGUUUUCAGCCAAGUCAUCUGGACGUUAUCAAUGAGAGCUUUAUGCACAAUGUACCCAGAGGCUCCGAAACACACUUUAAAGUAGUCGUUGUGUCAAACAGGUUUGACCAAGAGAGUUUACUGAAGAGGCAUCGUCUCAUCAAUGAGGUACUACAGGAAGAAUUACAAGGGUCAGUCCAUGCUUUAUCAAUCCAGGCCAAGACACCCUUACAGUGGUCCCAGAAUGCAUCUCCAACACAGUCACCUCCUUGCCUGGGUGGAAUGGCCAGGGAAAAAACACAACACUCUGAAGGAAGAUGACCUAGAGAUUGUACAACCUUUAUAAAUGACUGAUUGCAGUGAACUUCAUUGUUCUAUUAAUUAUUCCCUUGUCUGAAGCGAAGCUCUGUGGUGUAGCACUAGAACAAAGAAAACCUGGCCCAAGCAUUGCCCCAUUGUUUAAAAUUCUUGCGUUUAAGUUGAUGUGCAGAAAGGCACACACACUGGGAUUUUGUGUAAAGGCACAAACACUGGGAUUUUACGCACAAACAGAAGUAUUGUAAAACAAAUUUAAUCUCCAAUGUACCUCAUUUAAGAAACCAAGUCUACCUGCCUCUACUUAAUUGCAAGGCAUUUCCUAUUUGGGGUUUUCCUCAGACAUCUGAAGCUGUUUGUCUCCCAUUCAUCGUGUUAUAGAAUGCCUGUGCUUUUGGUUGUGUAAUAAAUAUCAAAAAUAAUAAUGUUCAAGAUUUAGAUUAUCAGAAUAAAUGGACAAAUAUUGAUAUGUAAGAAAGGUUUGAAGGUUUCAGUGGUGUGUAUUUAAUUAAGCACAACAGCGACUUCAACAAAAGCAUUUUUUGGGUACAAUAAAAAACAGCUGAUAAGUGAAACCCAUUGAAGUCCGGCCAAUUAAAUUAGGUUGCACACAUGUCUUGUUUUGAAAGUGUGUGCAAUCUUAAUUAAUCAAAUCAUUAUCUUAUUAUCUUGUCCCUUCAUGCCAAAACAUGCUGUACAUUGUACAUUAUUUACACAAUACUUGAAUUGUGGAUUCAUUCCAUUGAUGUAAACAAUCUGAAAAAUACAAUAUAAUGGUACCAUCUUCACAUCACAUUAGUUAAAUCAGACACAUUAUAAUCAAAUAUAAAACACAAAUACAACUAUGUACCGCUGCUUUUGCAUAUAGGCUUUUAAUUGCAUUUCAAAAUACAGCAUUAUAUACUUAAUUUUAUUUUUAAAAGCCAUGCAUAUACACUGUAGUAAUAAUUUUGCAAACAGCAAGAACAUUACAAGUUCAGCUUUAAAACAUUACAUUAAUAAAAUAUCAGUUUUUAAUAACGAUUUCCAAGUGGCAUGGGAAGAAAUACAAAGUGGGUUAAUAAUGAUAAGGUAAUUAUGUACAAAAGUUGUGAGUUUCUAAACAAAAUUCUUUUCACGGAAAAGAAAAAAAUAAUUGAAGGUUUCACCAGGUCCAUUUUGUAUAAACACACAAAGAAAAGAGGUUUCAAAUUCAUCCACACACUGUUGGCAAGGUUACUUGAAGCUUCUAUGUAAAUAUUAUUUACACAUUCACCCGAUUACAUUUUAGCUUAUAGGGUCUGGGUUCUUUUGUAGGACAAAAAACACAAUGUCCACAGAUUUACAUUGAACUUAGCGCCAUUGGACACUUUCCGUUAACAG